UGACAGCCAUUCGUACAGUGGACUGUGAGCACAGAAGGUGACAUGUCGUGUUUAGUUCUGUACGCGGUCCUUCAACUCUAUGUUACAGUUAUCCAUUCAUCUGGCAUAACCCCGCAUCCAUCUGUAAAGGAUGAGGUUGGUUCUUUUCUCAAAAACGCACCCUGGAAACACACGGAGAUGACGGGAUCCCUGAGUGGGGGACCCAUGAUUCUCACUGUGAAGUCCAAGUACAAGCUUGAUGGGGGAUUGGUGUUCUCUAAGAAAUAUCCAAGUCAAAAGUUCAAAGACUGCUCAGAUAUAUUGAAGAAGGAACCGUACAGACGGAACAGAGAUGGAGUGUAUACUAUAUAUCUGAGUAAUGGAGUCAAGCGACGGGUGUUUUGUGACAUGAAAACAGACGGAGGGGGUUGGACAGUUAUACAGAGGAGGUUUGACGGUACCACGGAUUUUCAAAACAAAUCCUGGCAGAAAUAUGCUGAAGGAUUCGGACACCCUGGUCAUGAGUUUUGGUUUGGAAACGAUGCCAUUCAUGAUCUUACUAAAGAUGGCAAGAAAAGGUUAAGAAUCAAUCUUAAAAAGUUUAACGGGGAGGAAGGACAUGUGCUGUAUUCAACGUUUAAGGUCGGAAGCAAAUCUGAGAAGUACACAUUGACUGUUGGAGGUUUUAAAGGAUCGCUUGGCAUGAGGGAUUCCUUUACCUAUAGCAACGGAAUGAUGUUCUCUACUAAAGAGAGUGACAACGACAAAUGGGGAGAUAACUGUGCAAAAAAGUAUGGAAACGGUUGGUGGUUUAAUGCAUGUCACAGGUGCAAUUUAAAUGGAUUGUAUUACAGCAAAAAAACGUCUAAUGUAAAUGGAAUCACAUGGUACCAUUGGGGAAACACGGACGCAUGGGAGUCGUUAAGAUCAUCGACAAUGAUGAUAAAGCCCAAAUAA